AUGAAGGAUACGACGUUGGUGCACGAGAAUUCCGAAACGCACCCACACGAAUGUGGAGAUAACCUCAAUCCCGAAUCGAUCAAGGAUAUGGUACUCGAUAGUAUGCAAGACAAGUCUCCUAAUUCCUUAGAUGGAAUUACUGUUGGGGAUGGGGAGGUGUAUCUACCGCCCGACCGUCUGGGAUACCAAGAAGCAGCGGUCACCGGAGAAGGAGAACAGGACUGCACGUCAUACCAACACGCAGGUGCUACGUUAUUCGCGGAAGAUGUUGGCCAACACAUGGCAGUAUUACCGGAGGUAAACACGACGCCAUGCGAGGUGAAGAUUGAGGAUAUACAGGUGGGCGAACCAGGGGUUCCAUUGACGAAAGAGCAAGAAGAAUUACGCCAGCUGAUAUGGAAGAAAAUACAUCCGUUGAUGGGCAAGAAAAACGCCCUCCCACCCUGCUGCUCGAGGCGUGAUAUGUGA